GCAGCGCUACUAGCGGCCGCCAAAUGGAAAGACUCCCCGUGAGUUUCUUUCGAGUUGCUGUUUGUAGUAUAGUGUAUUUUGUGGUGUGUGCGUGUAGAGUGAGCGUGAGGCCUCACCUGCGUGGGUGUGCGGAGAAGCCUACCUGACGGCGUCCAACACGCAGUUAAAAACCGCGCUCAUUUCAACAAUUCCCAACUUUUGCAAAACAAUAGGAAAAAAAAAAUAGAUAGUGAUUUUUUUAAUCAAAUAUGUGCUACAGUUAACAUUUAGUGGAAAUCAUAGUGCCAAGGUGAACCAUAAGUGUAAGUGUAACUGUGUCUGUGUGUGUAUGUGUUUUCAUGUGUAAGUGAAAUGGUUUCCCAUAACGAGAUCAAAAGAAGCCAACUUUGAUACCAUCAAUAAAAUUUUGGGAUACCAAAAUUUUGGAAGUAUUUUUUCAAAUGGUUUCCAAUAAUUUCAUCAUCAAGAUGAUCAUUCUAGAGGAUUAAAAAGAAAAACACUCAUCUCUUUUUUUACAGUUAAGUUGAAAAAAAUGCCGACAGAUCUUGUGGUGUCGUCGGCCUCUGCCGUGGAUGAUUCCUCCAGAGGUCGCGAUAUGUUGGGUCCAAGACCAUCGUCAAGUUCCUCAUCAAAUGCUGGUCCAUCUUCAUCAUCAAGAAAUUUUGAUCCAUCGGGAGCAUUAGCGGCGUAUCAUCAUCAUCAUCAUAGUUUAGUGGCUGGUUUAGGUCAUCCACAUCAUCGUGAAUCAUCUGCGUUUGUACCUGUAGUACCAUCGAGACUUCAUCUAGCUCCAUAUCCCGGUGAGAUGCAUCAUUUAACCGCACCGCCACAAUCGAGUUCAUCAUCAUCAUCAAAUACCGAUCAUGAGAAUCCAGAAUCAUCAGGAAGAAAAACAUCAUCAAGUUAUGAGAUAAUGGCAAUGAUGGCUGACAAAAGAAAAGAAUUAGCAGCCAGGGGUCUUCUAUUGCCACCUCCACCACUUCUUGAACCACCACCUGGUUAUCCAGUUUUUUCAGGACCAUUUCCUGGUGGUUCAGCUCUCUAUCCACCUGGUGGUCCUCUUGCACAUCAGCAUCUUGAUCGUCGACUUCUUCGCGCACCAGGAAGAGCUUCCCGACCAAAAAAGCAAUUUAUUUGUAAAUUUUGCAAUCGACAAUUCACCAAGAGCUACAAUUUACUUAUACACGAGAGAACGCACACUGAUGAGAGGCCCUAUUCGUGUGAUAUUUGUGGAAAGGCAUUUAGAAGACAGGAUCAUCUCAGGGAUCAUCGAUAUAUUCACAGUAAGGAGAAACCAUUUAAAUGUGGUGAAUGUGGCAAAGGAUUUUGUCAAAGUCGAACAUUGGCGGUACACAAAAUUCUACACAUGGAGGAGUCACCACAUAAGUGUCCGGUUUGUGCACGAAGUUUUAAUCAACGUUCAAAUUUAAAGACACAUCUUUUAACUCACACGGAUCAUAAACCCUAUGAGUGUACAUCUUGUGGUAAGGUAUUUCGCAGAAAUUGUGAUCUUCGAAGACACGCAUUAACACAUGCUGUUGGUGAUGUUCCACCUGAGGCAUUAGAAGAGGCACUACGCGAUGAAGACAGUCCCGAGGAGGACGGUGCUCCAGAACCUGGUCCAUCAACCUCCUCCUCAUCCUGUUCAUCGAAUUCAUCAAUAAAUCCUUCCACAUCAUCAUCAUCAUCAUCAGGAUCAUCGAUAAAUUAUUCCAAUCCUCAAUCGACGCCAUCAAGGCCACAGUUGCAAAUAAGAAGAGAUCUUCUUCAGGUGAAACCACCAUCAUCAUUAACAGUGAACAGUGGAAAUUUGGCUGUUACACAAAAUCCACCACCACCAUUGCCACCGCCUCCACCAUUAAUAUUGUCAUCAUAUCGACGAAGGCUUGGUUCACCGGGUCCAUCUCGUGUUCUUUUGGAAUUACAGGAAAGAGAAAAGGAGAGAGAACGCGAAAUGGAGAGAGAAUUGGAAAGAGAGAGACAAUUCGAGAGAGAAAGACAGAGGGAAAGAGAACGUGAACGUGAGAGGGAACGUGAAGAGGAAGUUCGACCUCCCAGGGCACCUACUCCUCAAACACCAGCUCAUCCUCCACCUAGACCAACACCCGCGAGGCAAGGUUUCACCAUUGCCGAUAUUAUGCGUCGAUAGAGUAAUGGGAAUUUUUUUUUUGGGUAAUAUAAAAAUCCAAUUAUUGAUUUUUAUUAAAAAAUUUUGUUUAUUAAUUGAGAACAAAGAUUGGAAGUUGGAAUAAUUAAUUAUUAAUAUUUUGUCAAAAUGAAAAUAUUGGAGAAGCAGAUCUCCAUCUUAGGGUAUUGAGGCCAAGAUGAACAACAAUUUAAAAAUUUUUCAAGUUACUGUGAAACCGGUUACAACGGAAACAGUUGCCAUAGUAACCGUCGCCAUGGAAACGGUUGCUACGGAAAUAGUUGCCAUGGAAACAGUGGCUACGGAAAUAGUUGCCUUAGUAACCGUUGCCAUGGAAAGUGUUGCUAUGGAAUUAUUGCCAUAGUAACCGUCGCCAUGGAAACAGUUGCCAUGGAAACGGUUGCUAUGGAAUCGUUGCCAUAGAAACAGUUGCCAUAGUAACCGUUGCCAUGGAAACGGUUGCUAUGGAAACAGUUUCUUAGUAAUCGUUGCCAUGGAAACGGUUGCUACGGAAACAGUUCCUUAGUAAUCGUUGCCAUGGAAACAGUUGCUACGGAAACAGUUCCUUAGUAACCGUUGCCAUGGAAACAGUUCCUUAGUAAUCGUUGCCAUGGAAACGGUUGCUAUGGAAACAGUUCCUUAGUAAUCGUUGCCAUGGAAACGGUUGCUACGGAAACAGUUCCUUAGUAACCAUUGCCAUGGAAACGGUUGCUAUGGAAACAGUUCCUUAGUAAUCGUUGCCAUGGAAACAGUUGCUACGGAAACAGUUCCUUAGUAACCGUUGCCAUGGAAACAGUUCCUUAGUAAUCGUUGCCAUGGAAACGGUUGCUAUGGAAACAGUUCCUUAGUAAUCGUUGCCAUGGAAACGGUUGCUACGGAAACAGUUCCUUAGUAACGAUUGCUAUGGAAAUAGUUGACAACAGCAUUUCGGUAAAGUUCUGCUUCCCUUUUUGCUUCUUAAUUAAUACAAAAGCAAUGUCAUAUUCAAUUGAAGGCAAUUUUAUUAAGUACAAUUUAUUCAUUUUUCGAAAUGAAGAGUUUAAUACUAAGGAAAAAAAAUCAUGCGAGUAUAUUAUAUAUGUAUAUACAUAUAUAUAUAUAAUUUUUAAAAUCGCUAUUUCCGUUAAACUGUUAAUAGAUUAUAAGAGCGUUGGCGUAGAAAGCACUCGGCGUUCAAUUUUUCUGCGCCUCCAUACGAGAGAGGUGAACGAAUUUAUAAUUAUACGAAAUCGUUUUUUUUUUUAUAUAUAUAAAACUCCGCGCUAAAGGUGCAAUUUUAAAUAAUUUUUUUUCUUUUCCAGUGAUAUUAUUAACCAGCGGCAAAAAAAACGUAUAGCGUUUUUUUUAUGUUUUCUAGUUUUUAAUAAUUAUUAAUUUUUAUGAAUGAUAUACGAUCAGUCAUUGUUUUUUUUUUUUUUUUUUAAACAUAUUUAGAGGUGGACAAAACUUUGUAAAAAUGUAUUAAAAUAUCUAUAACCGGUGAAAAUUAUAUUUUUAAAACACUUUACAAAGUAUAUUGUUUUCGAUUUUUUUUCUUAAAAUUAUCUUAUAUAGUUAUUUUUUUUAUAAUUAUUUUAAUAAUAAAUAAUAGAUUUUAUUAAAAAUUUUUCAAACUUGAAAAUUUUUUUGAGAAAAUGAAUAUUUUAAUGAUAAAUUUUAAAAGUGUUUUUCUAUAAUAUAGUUUUGUGUAUAUAAAAUGCAUAGCGAAUAUAUUAUAUAUAUAAAUAUACUUAAAAUGUAAAAACUAGAUAUAUUUAAGAUUGCUUUUUUAUUAAAAAUAAAAAUGUAUUUUUAAAUUUGUCUUCCUCGACAAUGACUGACAUUUAGAUUUAAAAAAAAAAAGAAGGAAAAAAAAAUUUGUUAAUAGCACAUGCUGUUUAUUAAAAUCAAUCGUUUAUAACUUUUAAAAUAUUUGAUUAAAAUGUGUUGAUGCGACAAGAACCUGAUAUAUGUGAUAUCACAUAAGCGAAGAUCUGUGGCUUAUGUUAUAAUACAUUUUCAUUUUAAAUGUUACGUGAUGCGUAUUUUAUACCGGUGCUCAGUGGUAGCUUUUUUUUACAUUUUAAGAGAUCAACAGAAUUUUUAUUUAUAAGUAGUAAUUUUUUUCGAAGUAACUAAUGUGAAUAGAAAAUUUUGUGAAAUUUUUAAUUUUUUUUUUUUUUUAAUUUAUAUUGUUAAUUCUCAGUUUUUGUUCGUUACAAAAUUCUAUUGGUAGAAAAUAAGUUUUUUUUUUUUUUUUGAAAAAUUGUGUCUAAAAAAAAUGUUUUAUUAACUUCAAAGUUUUGGAAAUUUGAAAAUGAAGUUUAAAAAUAACAAAGAAAACAAAAGAUUCGUUUUUUUCAGGGAAAUAUAUAGUAUAAUUUGAAAAAUACAUAUUAAAGGAAAGUGUGAAGUACAAAAAAUCAUAUAUAUGUCAAACAGAAAAGAAAACACAUCAACUUCCUCGAAUUUUGGUUUCAAAUUUCCAAACUCAAUUCUAUCGUUUAUCAUUGUUUUCAUAUUUUUCACGCUGCGAAGACAAAAAUACACAGAUAUCGUCUACCUUCGAGUUUACAUAGGUUUUUCACGUAUAUAUGUACAUAUUAUAUACACCUUUUAUGCAGGUGUCUAUAUAUACAGGUAGAAAUAGUCGACGGCUUUGAGAUUCUAUUUAAAAAAAAAAAAAAAAAUUUUAAAUCCAUUGACAAUUGAUAUUUUACACAAAAAAUCCCGAAUAUUAUCAACAAAUUAGUUUUAUCACAUUUUAAAUCUUUACAACAAAAAAAAAGAAAAUUUUCUAUCAAUUAAAAAUAAAUGUUACAGAAAGAUAAAAAUUGAAAAAAAAUGUAAACAAAUUAAAAAAUUUGAAAAAAAUGAUAAUAGAAAUUUUCUUAUUUUUUUUAAACAGAACUCAAAGUUAUAGGAUGUGAGUUCGAUUUCGUGAGCGCGGUGAAUUUAAAAGAAAUUUUUUUUUUUUUUGUAAAAGAAGAAAAAGAUUGAGACAAAAAAAAUAGAAAUUUAAAAAACCAGAUUCUUUGUCCUUGUUGGAUAUGUGUAAAUUUUAAAUAUAAAAGAGAAUGCAAAUUUUUGUGGUCACGUGAGAAACAUGUGCCACUGUUUCGGUGGCAGGUGCAAUACCAGUAAAACCAAUGUUUCGAACAACUUUUAAAAUCUUGGUUUUUAUACUACUAUAUACCUGCUCUCGAACUUAAGAACUCUUAAAAAUCUUUUCGGACCCUUCUCACAAUUUUUGGCAGUUCCUUUCUUCUCCGAAGGAUGAACAUUAAGUGAUUCUUUUUCUUGGUUCAAAAUGCAUAUAGACCACAAAUGCCAUUGCGUCACAAAUUCUUUCUUUUUUUUUUCUAUCCACUAUUUUUCAAAAAUAAAAAAAACAUGAGCAAAAAGAUUUUUGUAAAUUGAAAAUUUUCAAAAAUUUUUCACCCCCUGGGACGUUGAAUUUUUUAAAAAAAGAAUUUUUUUUUCAUUAUAUGUGAUAAUUUUUGUAUAUGUAUGUAUGUAUGUAUGUGUGUGUGUGUAUGAAAAUUAAGGUCUUCCAAUAUGACGUUAUUUUUUCGUUUAGAAAAUUGCAAUAUAUAAUAGUGACGCGAAGUCGAAUAACUCCGUCCCUAAUAUUUAUAGAAUAAAUGUUUUUUUGAAAACAAAUUGAUAUAUGAAUAGUUCAUUCAUAAAAAUGUACAAUUUUUUUUUUAUUAUAUAUAUAUGUAUACAACGAAAGCGACGCAAAAAAUGACAUUUCAAAUGUAUGAUUGUAAUUGCAGCUUUCCUGUUAUUUUUUAGGACGUAAUUUUACGCCUUAAUUAAGUGCCUAUAUAUAUUUUUAGAUUUAUACGAAGCGUUGAUUUAAGAAUGUUUUUUUUUGUAAAUUAUAACUAAGAAGAGAACAAUAAAAAAUAGAAUCGAAAAAUUU